GUAAUGAAAGGAAACCGAUCACCAUUACCAAACCAGCUGAUGGUAAUACCAUUGACGAAAGUAAUGAAAGGAAACCGAUCACCAUUACCAAACCAGCUGAUGGUAAUACCAUUGACGAAAGUUAUGGAAGGAAACCAAUCACCAUCACCAAACCAGCUGAUGGUAAUACCAUUGACGAAAGUUAUGGAAGGAAACCAAUCACCAUCACCAAACCAGCUGAUGGUAAUACCAUUGACGAAAGUUAUGAAAGGAAACCGAUCACCAUUACCAAACCAGCUGAUGGUAAUGCCAUUGACGAAAGUUAUGAAAGGAAACCGAUCACCAUCACCAAACCAGCUGGUGGUAAUAUCAUUGAUGACAUUAACGGGAGACCAAUCACCACUAACAAACCAGUAGGUUAUACCAAUGACGAGGGAAGUGGCAGUAUACCUAUCACCAUCACCAAACCAGGUGACAGUAAUAACAUUGACAAAAGUACUGGUAGGAUAACCAUCAACAUCAUAAAAUCAGCUGAUAAUGAUACCAUUAAUGAAAGUAAUGGGACAGCAUCGACUACCAAACCACCCGAUGUAACUACUAAUGAUAAAAGCAAUAGGAGGAUACCGAUCACCAUCACCAAACCAGCUGUAAAUCAUAUCCUUGAUGAAAGUAAUGGAAGAAUUAGAAAACCAAUUACCGUCACGAAACCAUCUGAUGGUAAUACUAUUGAUGAAAGUAACGAAAAGCUACCGAAUACCAUCACCAAACCAGCUGAUGGUAAUACCAUUUAUGAAAGUUAUGGGAGAAUACCGAUCACCAUCACCAAAACAACUGAUGGUAUUUCCAUUGAUGGAAGUGAAGCGACGAUACCAAUCACCAUCACCAAUACAUCUGGUGGUAAUUCCAUUGAUGAAAGUGAAGUGUGGAUACCAAUCAACAAACUUGCUGAUGGCAAAAUCACUGAUGAAAGUAAAGGGAGGAUACAGAUUACCAUUACCAAACCAGCCGAUGGUAAUUUUAUUUAUGGAAGCAAAGGGUGGAUUCCGAUCACUAUCAACAAACCAGCUGAUGACAAUAUCAUUGAUGAAAGUCAUGGGGAAAUACCGAUUACCAUCACGAAACAAAUGGAUGGUAAUACCAUUGAAGAAAUAAAAGGUGGAAUACCGAU